AGAACGUGACAGGCUUAGUCACAAGUAAUAAAAAUACGACUGUGCUACCGCUGCUGGUGCCCAUAGUUUUAGUGGUCAACGCUGAGUGUGUAACAGCCUCAGAUAUACGCACAAAAAUUUUCGCUAUAAAAACGGAACAGUGAAAUUUUCGGAACACAUUCGUGGUUCAAACUCCUAACCAAAGUAUUCUGAGUGGUUUACAGUUAUCAGUGCUCCUGGACUUGUGAAAAAUGAAGCUGAUAACAUCCUUAGCAGCAAUACUAGCUGUAGCAUCAGCAGACCCGGUUCCCUACACCACCCAACCAACGGAGCACUUCGCCAACAACGCAGAAACCUACCAAUCACAGCUCGAGCUGCAGCAGCAAGGCGUCUACGGCGACCAAUCACACUACAGCCAGCAGGAUUUCAGCCAAUCAGAUGCCGGAUAUUCCCAAGGACACUCAGUAGCGUUUCCCAGUGGGCAGGCAUCGUUCGCUGGACAAAGUACUUUUGCUGGACAGAAAGCUUUCGCUGGGCAGAAUGCGUUUCAAUCUCAAAGGCCUUCCAUUGAAAAGUCAGCAAGGAUAAUUAGCUACCAGAAUGAAAAUAAUGGGAAAAACUAUCAGUACUCUUAUGAGACUGAGAAUGGAAUCAAAGUCCAAGAGCAAGGUUCCGUCCAAGGCAAAACCCUCCGCGCGCAAGGCGGUUACUCCUACGCCGGCGACGACGGACAGGUCUAUACUGUGACGUACACAGCUGACGAGAACGGCUUCAGAGCCCAGGGAGCUCAUCUACCAACCCCCCCGCCGAUUCCUGAGGCUAUACAGAAGAGCAUCGAGCUAAACCAGAGGGAGGCGGCGAAUAAUAACGGCGUUUAUGAUGAUGGAAGCUACAAAGAAGAAACCGAGCUUCAACAGCAGCGCCACCGAUCACAACAUCAACACAGCCAGAGCAUCCAGCAGAUCAAUGAUCUUCAACCGCAGCACUUCGCUGAGAUCCAGCCAGUCCAACAGAUCCCCAUCCAGCACCAACAGAUCACUGAAAUCCAACCAGUCCAACAGAUCGCUAUUCAACAACACCCUGAGAUUCAGCAGCAGCUUCCAGAGAUCCAGCACGCGCCUGAGAUCCAACAGGUCCAGCACGGCCAGGAGUUGUACCAGCAGCAGUAUCAGCAGGAGCAGGGGUGGGUUGGGCAGGAGGCCGCCACCACAGCUGGGUACAGUGGAUGGAAGUGAUCUAUUAUUGUAGCCGCCACACUAAAGGAAGAAGUUGAAAAGGAAAUAUGAAAGGUUGAAUGGCGAACGUAUCAAACUGAAUUAUUUCGAUAAUAUUACUAAAAAUAUGACUUAGAUUUUUAUAUGUUAAGGAUAUUGUAAAGUUCCUAGUUCUCCUAAUAGACAAGACAAACUGUGGCAACUUCAUAUGUAUUAGGUAAUUUAACUAGAAAAGCAACUAAAGAUUACGAACAGUAUGUGUUUGAUGUAAAUUAUGAUAUAAAAAAAAGACUGAGGAGGAAGUCAGAAAAGCGGAUUGGACAUUUACAGUGUGGUGUGUUAUAAAUAAUUAUAAAUAUGUAAAUAAGAAAGUGACCAAAUUGAUCUGUUCCUUGUUAUUGUUAUUUUUUGUGUACCUAUAUGUAUAUACAUUUGUUACUAAUAUUACAA